GGGGGCCGGCUGGUAGAGCCGCGGGCCCCCCAACUCACUUCCUCUAGGCCCGGCCGCUCCCCUGGCUCUUUACUUUAAAAAAAAGAAAAAACCAGAAAGAGAAAAAGGCGACUUACGCUUCUAAAUAUAACCCGAGGAGCCGCCCCCCUGAAUCUUGAAACCCUGUCACCCCGCCCCGCCGGGCCGGGUCAGGGGCCACCAUCUAGCCCCGAUCCUGCCUGGUGUCGCCGCUGCCGGCCACGUGGGCCCUUCCCUGGCCGAGGGGGCGAGGGGGGCCCUUCUGGAGAGUGGCGGAUGGCGCUUGUGCCCCCCAGGUGGGGCUGUGGGGGGCACCGAUUGAUCAGGGAUCGUGAAAGCAUCUGCGUGUGCCUUCUGGAAGCUCCCCGCUGGGGACGUCGGCGUGGAAAUUGGUCAGUGAAGGUCUGGACGCCCCGCCUGGGCCCUCGCCGCGGAGGAUGGAAACACCCUCCUGGAGAUGUCUCUGGGCCGCCUCCUCCGCCGGGCCUCCUCCAAAGCCUCGGACCUCCUGACCCUCGCCCCGGGUGGCGGCGGGCCCCCCUCCGUCCUGGACGGGGAGAUCAUCUACUCCAAGAACAAUGUGUGCGUGCACCCGCCGGAGGGGCUGCAGGGGCUGGGGGAGCACCACCCAGGCUACCUGUGCGUGUACAUGGAGAAGGAUGAGCUGCUGGGGGCCACCCUCAUCCUCGCCUGGGUCCCCAACUCACGCAUCCAGAGGCAGGACGAGGAGGCGCUGCGGUACAUCACCCCCGAGAGCUCCCCGGUGCGCAAGGUGCCCCGACCGCGGGGCCGGCGUGCGCAGAGCUCGGGGGACCCACGCCAGCCCUCCCCCACGGAGCUGAGGCCCGCCCCGGGCCCCGGGGACGAGGACAUCCUGGCGGUGGCCCAGAGCGCCGGGGACGCCGGGCGCGCGAGCCCCUCCCUGCACGCCGGGGAGAAGCCGGCCCAGGGCCUGGGUGCGGACUGCGGCCUCCCGGCCUCUCAGCCGGCACACGGCGACCCGGGCGUCCCGUCCGCGGUCAGCCCCCAGGACGGGCCGGAGGAGGGGCGGGAGCCAAGGCCCGAGGCGGGCGAGGAGCACGGCUCCCUGGGGCUGUCGGCCGAGGGCGCCAGCAGGGACAGCUCCUUCGACUCGGACUCGGACGCCUUCUCGUCGCCCCUGUGCCUCUCGCCCAUCAGCGCGGCGCUGGCGGAGAGCAGCGGCUCCGUGUUCCUGGAGGGCGAGAGCGGAGACACGUGUGGCCACCACAUCAGCUGCCCCGGCAGCUCACCCGCCGGCGCGGACGCCAACCUGCCCUUCCCCGAUGGCCCUGGCCUCCUGCAGGGCCGGCGCUGGGACGAGCAGCAGCGCGCGUGGGCCCUGGAGCAGAUCUGCGGCGUGUUCCGUGUGGACCUGGGGCAGAUGCGCUCCCUCCGCCUGUUCUUCAGCGACGAGGCCUGCACCAGCGGCCAGCUGGUGGUCGCCAGCAGGGAGAGCCAGUACAAGGUGCUGCACUUCCACCACGGCGGCCUGGACAAGCUCUCGGACGUGUUCCAGCAGUGGAAGUACUGCGCGGAGACGCACCGCAAAGACCAGCAGGUCUCGGACGAGAGGACGCGCAUGCAGUUCUCCAUCCGCCGCCCCAAGCUCCCGUCCUCGGAGACGCACCCCGAGGAGAGCAUGUACCGCAGGCUGGACGUGUCGGCCUGGCUGCGCCACCUCAACGGGCAGGGCCAGGUGGAGGAGGAGUACAAGCUGCGCAAGGCCAUUUUCUUUGGCGGCGUUGAUGUGUCCAUCCGGGGGGAGGUGUGGCCCUUCCUGCUGCGUUAUUACAGCCCCGAGUCCACGUCGGAGGAGCGGGAGGCGCUGCGGCUGCGGAAGCGGAAGGAGUACGCCGACAUCCAGCAGAAGAGGCUCUGCAUGACCCCUGAGGAGCAGCGGGCCUUCUGGCGCAGCGUGCAGUUCACCGUGGACAAGGACGUGGUGCGCACGGACCGGAGCAACCAGUUCUUCCGGGGCGAAGGCAACCCCAACGUGGAGAGCAUGAGGCGGAUCCUGCUGAACUACGCUGUGUACAACCCGGCCGCCGGCUACUCCCAGGGCAUGUCGGACCUGGUGGCGCCCAUCCUGGCCGAGGUCCUGGACGAGGCCGACACCUUCUGGUGCUUUGUGGGUCUGAUGCAGAACACCAUCUUUGUCAGCUCCCCGCGGGACGAGGACAUGGAGAAGCAGCUGCUGUACCUGCGGGAGCUGCUGCGGCUGACGCACCCGCACUUCUACCAGCACCUGGUGUCCCUGGGCGAGGACGGCCUGCACAUGCUCUUCUGCCACCGCUGGCUGCUGCUGUGCUUCAAGCGGGAGUUCCCCGAGGCUGAGGCCCUGCGCAUCUGGGAGGCCUGCUGGGCCCACUACCAGACGGACUACUUCCACCUCUUCGUGUGCGUGGCCAUCGUGGCCAUCUACGGGGACGACGUGGUGGAGCAGCAGCUGGCCACAGACCAGAUGCUCCUGCACUUUGGGAACCUGGCCAUGCACAUGAACGGGGAGCUCGUGCUCAGGAAGGCACGGAGUCUGCUGUACCAGUUCCGCCUCCUGCCCCGCAUCCCCUGUGGCCUGCACGACCUGUGCCGCCGGUGCGGGCCGGGCAUGUGGGACAGCGGCUCCAUCCCCGCGGUGGAGUGCACGGGCCACCACCCCGGGGCCCAGGGCUGCCCCUACGGGGGUGCGGCGGAGCUGCCCUCGCCCAAGCCCCCCAGAGAAGGCAAGAAGGGCCCAAGGACGCCUCGAGAAGGUUUCGGGUUCCGCAGAUAGGCUGGGCCCCCAGCUGGUCGG